GCCCCGGGGAGCGGGGCAGGGCAGGCGGCGGCCGCGGUCGCUCUGCGAGCGGCGCUCCCUGCGUACCCGGCCUGCUCCAGCCUCGGUCUCCAUCCUUCCAGACGCCGCGCGCCGGUCGGAGCUGCACGGGGUCCGAGAGCGGCCCCUGCCCAGGUGACCGCUGCACCGGCGACACCCACCCGUCGUGUGUAGCCAGCCUGUCACUGUAGACGAGGCAGCGCUUUAAAGGGCUGCCUCAUACGCGGGCGUACUUAGGUGGGCGAAAAGUUGUAAAGUGAACUUCCUGUAGUUACGUCAGGAAGGAAAAGAAGCAAAUUCCAGAAGUUACUGACCUAUUGGGCGCCGGUACUUGCUUCUGCCAGUGUGGGUGGUUGUGGUCUUACAGCUUUUUUUUUUUUUUUCUCUCCAGAAAGGAUGACAAGUGUUGGGGAGUCGUUUCAAAAUGAUAGCUUUUUUUCCUUUUUUCUUAAAAUCUGAAGCGUCCUUUCUCUGACGUCAUUUCACACUAGCCUUUGUACGUUUUCAUUGCCCCUCGUUUCUUUUCCAACCUCUUGUGAUCGCUCAAGCGGACCACGUGCCGCUUAGACGAGGUCUCCAGCCUUUCUCGGUAGACCCCGACUGGUUAAGUACGGGUAAAGUCCUUGGCCCACAGAAGCGUCUGUUUUCUCCAGUCUGGUUUAUCCUGGCUGCACCGCCUCAUUCUGUCUUCUGCUACGUUGGUUUCCGUUGCUCAGAAGUUUUGACUUAUUUACAGACAGUUUCAGUUAUGGUUACCUCCCUUGACGCUUUUUGGAAUAUUGAACCAAUAUUGCUCUGUUGACGGGGCCCGAACUUACUUGGACGUUCUAGCACCACUAAUGGGGUACUUAACUAACUUAUUGCAGUGCCGUUUUCCCCCUCUCCCGUAGUCCCGUUAUCCAGUUUUAUUACAGAUGAACUUUUCCACGUUCUACUCUUCCCCAGCUUGUUCAUUGUUUCAGGGUAUUCAAAUAGAAAAGCACCCUGCAGGAAAUGCACCUUAGGACCUCUGCCCCCAGAUUCUCUGGGUAGGCACUGUUCCCUUGAGCCUUUGUUUCUGUGGCGUUCAUUUCAGCUACCUAGCAUGUAGCUUCUGUUGACAGAACUGUCUCCGUAGGAUGAAGCAAGACUCUAGAGUUCUGUAGCGAGCUCUUUCUAUAGCUUGAGAAGAGUGUUUUAAAGACUCUGCAUGUUACCUGUGGUCAUUUCACUGUAAUUGUGUUAGUGAAGCUGGGAAUUGAACUCAGGGCCUAACUCAUGCUAGGCAGGUGCUCUAUCAUCAGGCUACCUUCCCAACCCAUAUCACUGUAAAAGAUAGAAGGCUAUGUGAUGAAGACUGAGCAGUACAGCUCUAUACAGUAAAGUAUACUUGCUGCUGUUACCAAGUUUUCAAAGCAUAGCUGUGCUUCACAACAUAUGCUGUUGGGGAACUGCCAAUUAAAGCAGCACUGAGAUAUGAUUCUGUGACGGCUUGAGAAGACCCAAACCUGGAACAAGGACAGCAAAAGGUACAAAUCUCAAACAUGAACAAUGAUACAUAUUAUGGAUGUUCAAAGUUGAUUUGGGUAGAACUGGAAUACAGUUGCAUACAGCGUAUUCCAGAGGAGAAAAGAGCCUCCGUUCUUGAACGAAGAUAACGUGGGACCAUUUUACUUCAAACUUCCUUUCUAUGAUACCAUGGAGCUCUUCAUUGAAACACUGACUGGAACAUGUUUUGAACUAAGAGUUUCGCCCUUUGAAACUGUUAUUUCUGUGAAAGGAAAAAUUCAAAGACUGGAAGGCUCUAACUGUGUAGCCAGACCUGGAAUUUGCUGAUGACCCAAGCUAGCCUUGAAAUAGUGAUCCUUCUGCCUCAGCUUUCUGAGUGUCGGGAUUACAGAUUUAGGCUACCUUGCCUGGUAUUCCCAUCUGUCAGCAACACUUAAUUUGGAAUAACAUGGAGCUUGAAGAUGAUUAUUGCUUGAAUGAUUACAACAUUUCAGAAGGUUGUACAUUGAAGCUGGUAUUGGCUAUGCGUGGUGGACCUAUAAGUACCAGAAAAGUUCCUUUGGAAGAUCCACUUAGGGAGCUUGCUGAGUACAUGGAUUCCAGUCGAGAUGAGGUCUGGGAGAAGACCUGCAACAAACAAGUUACAUUUUUGGUGUCUCGGGAAGGAGGUCAAUUGAAUUUCUUUCGUGUAAUAGAUAGGGGAGAUGGCACUUCACCACCGUUAUCUGAAUCUUUAAGUGGUGGUUCUGUGUAUAAUUUGUAUACAGAUGAGGAUGAAGAGGCUGAGCCUUCUCCUUCUGGACAACAGAUCAUUGAAAAUUCAAUAACUAUGAAUAAGAUGAAGGUGCUGAAGGCCAAGAUGGAGAGCAUGAAUCUCAGCAAAAAGCCUAAGAAAGUUAUCAAGGUCCAUCCUCACCCGCCUGUAGCCCCUCGACCUUCUAGCACUUCCACAGCAGCCGCUCGUCACAGAUUGUUGAGAGUCCUGCCUCACAUUGGGCAAUCUUGUCUACCUUCUCCUGGGAAUGCAUAUCUCCCGGAAACAUGCAGGAAUGCGGGCGCAAGUUCAGCAGCUCAGGCCCCUGCUGAUAGGCCUGUAUCAUCUCUCAGAAACCAGCUGCUGAAGGAGGUUGGUAACAGGGAGAUUAGCACCCUGCCCCAUCGCACUGAUAGCACCCGACUGCUACCUCAGCUGACCCUUGUAGAAUCCGAGAAUGACAAAGCGCUUGCCGAUUCUGCCCUUCAUCUCGGAUCAUCUCUGCCUUGGCAGACAAAGCACUUUUCAGGGAACUUGCCAUCUAGUAAUGAGGACGACUCGGUCCUUUUUCCGCCUUCAGAAGAGUGCGUGCCCGAGGAAGCACUCCUACCAGAAGUAGGUCCCUUUGUCUGGUUUGCAGAAGAAAAUGGUGAUGAGCAGAGUAGCGGUUUGGAAGGAGUAGGGGAGGCAGGUCCAGAGUGCCGGCUCACCUAUGGAGAGGUGGGGCUGAGAGUAGCGGAGCAGCGUCUGAACCAGAUGGCGGGAGCCCGGAGCAGCGAGCCAGGGCACAGGGCGGGGCUCGGCCACCGCGAAGCGGGCUCGCACAGGAGCAGACUCCUGUCCGGGCUGCUCUGCGCCGCCCCAGUGGCACUGCAUAAUUCUCUGCGGAAGCCUCAGAGCCAGUCAAAAUGCUUUGAGUCUGGAAACCUCCCACCCUGCACCUCGCAGAACGCGCUCCGAGAACUGGACACUCGGCCCAUAGCAGAUGCCUCCUUCUCCAGGACUGCUCGCCUUCGAGCUGUUAAAGUCGGUUCACCUGGAAAAAGAUCUGAUACUGUUUCCAAAGUUGAAGCUCGGGAUACCACAGAAAUAGCCAACAAAGCUUCCAUAGGGCCUAUUGGUCGUGUAAAUAAUUCUGGUCUUUUGGCUUCAUUGGCACGGUGUGCAAGCAGAGAUGGUUUACAGAGUAUACGUGGGGCAGGCCGGUUUCGGCCCUCAGGAAUUGGGCUGUGUGCAAACCUCCAACAUUUUCAGGAUGAAAGUAUUAGGAGUUCUCCCCAGUCAGAACCUACAGAAUUUUUUCUAUCUGCACGUGGUAUUGGAAUGAAUGGAAAUAAUGCAACAACAGGGAAAAAAGUAGGAGAAAGUACCCAUCGCCUUCCACCUGUGAAAGCCCUUCUUCAAACAAAGAGGAAAAUAGCAAAACAUUGUUUUCUUUGUGGAAAGAAAACAGGACUGGCUACUAGCUUCAAAUGCAGAUGUGGAAACAACUUCUGUGCAUCUCAUCGCUAUGCAGAAACUCACAGCUGCACCUAUGAUUACAAGAGUACAGGGAGGAAAUACUUGCAGGAAGCAAAUCCUGUGGUUAAUGCACCAAAACUUCCAAAAAUCUAAUUCUUCCUCUGCACUUUACUGUUCUGCCGAGGAAUCAUAUUAUGUUGACAGAAGAAAUGUUGUGUAGACUGCAUUAUUUUUGUUCGACUCCAAAAGAUUUGCCACAUAACAAGAGCAUAUAAUGCACACUCUUGGAGAAUGAAAAUGCCUGCUGUAUUUGAUGUCUUUAUUCUUUGGUGGAUCAAAAGUUUUAAAAGUAGUUUUAAAAACGUUACACUAUUAUGAUUUGGUUUUGUUAUUGCAUGUCUGUGUUAAGUGUUUUAUAUUUGAGAUUGCAAUUUUAUUAGAUCUUCAAAAGAUGCACUUUAGGAAGUUAAUACUGACUGUGUAUCCAGGCUUCCCAUGUAGCACAGAAAUGUGUGGGCCUGUAAUGGCUCUACUCAAACUGACCACAUUUUGUCUCCUUUUGUUACUUCUUUGUGGGGAUGGGGUAGGUAGGGAUUUUUAUUUAUAUUUUUAUAAAUCCCAUGUGUGAAGCUUUACGAGGUUUACUAGCAAGUUCUUUUUUAUUUCAAAGUACUUUUUAUAAAACAAGAACAUUUAGUUUUCUGGUGUGAUUUUUAACGCAUCUGUGUCUCCCAUAUUCAGAUUGGCAUUCAGAUAUGUAUCCAUUCUGUUGAACACAUCAUGUUAAUAUACUAUACAUUUCUUCAAAUACUAAUUUUUAAAUGGUAGUUUUAAAAUAGUGUCUUACUUGUUAUCAUUGAAAACAGAAACCUUUUCACUUUUCAAAAAUGGCUAUAUUUAAAAACCAAAGUCUCAUCACUUGGUUUGUUUUUCUUACAUAUUGAGUGCUUUUACAGGGGAAAGACAAAUAAAUAUUCAACUCUGUUAUGACUUUAUUUGAUUAUAAUAAAUUUCCUUUUAUACACUUUCUUUUAUAAAACACUUAAAUAAGUCAAUACUUUAUUAAACCUAGAAAAUAAUGAUUGCCAGUAUACAAGUAUUCUCUUAAGGCCUAAGAAUCCGGUUCCUAAGGUGUAAUCAGUACAUCAGUCAGGCUUUUGGAAGGCCUUUGAAGCUGAUGCUGAGCUCUGGGCAACAGCUGUCAGGCACCCUAGCCAGAGUCUGCAGGGAUUUCAUAAGGAAAAGGUGAUUUUGGUGCUCCAUAGGCCUCUUCCUCCACUCAAGUUUGCCUAGAGAACUCUGUUAUGCUUCUCCCAUUUCCUGUAAGAGACAAAUGUUGAUGGACAAAGAUGCCAUCAGAUCCAUAGUAAAGUACAUUUGUGAAAG